AAGUUCAUCAUGACUCACACCAACCUUACCAUCUUCCAUCCUACAGUUUUUGUCUUACUUGGCAUUCCUGGGUUGGAGGCAUAUCACAGCUGGCUGUCUAUACCCCUCUGCCUUAUGUAUAUCACUGCAGUCCUGGGAAACAGCAUCCUGAUAGUGGUCAUUAUCAAGAACAUUAACCUUCAUGAGCCCAUGUAUUUUUUCCUUUCCAUGUUGGCUAUGACGGACAUCAUGCUGUCUACCACCACUGUACCAAAAGCCCUAGCCAUCUUUUGGCUCCAUGACCAUGAUAUUGCCUUUGAUGCCUGUGUUACUCAAGUCUUUUUUGUCCAUGUGAUGUUUGUGGGAGAGUCAGCCAUCCUAUUAGCUAUGGCCUUUGAUCGCUAUGUGGCCAUCUGUGCUCCUCUGCACUAUUCAACAGUGCUAACAUGGCCUGUUGUGGGAAGAAUUGCUCUGGCCAUUGUGACCCGAAGCUUCUGCAUCAUCUUCCCAGUGAUUUUCUUGCUGAAGCGGUUGCCUUUCUGCCAGACCAACAUCAUCCCCCAUUCCUACUGUGAGCAUAUUGGAGUGGCCCGCUUAGCCUGUGCUGACAUCACUAUUAAUAUCUGGUAUGGCUUCUCAGUGCCCAUUGUCAUGGUCAUCUUGGAUGUAAUUCUUAUUACUGUGUCUUACUCACUGAUCCUCCGAGCAGUGUUUCGUUUACCCUCCCAGGAUGCCCGGCACAAGGCUCUCAGCACGUGUGGCUCCCAUCUCUGUGUCAUCCUCAUGUUUUAUGUUCCAUCCUUCUUUACCUUACUGACCCACCGCUUUGGACAUAACAUUCCUCGACAUGUGCAUAUCCUGCUGGCCAAUCUUUAUGUGGUAGUACCACCAAUGCUCAACCCCAUUGUCUAUGGUGUAAAGACUAAGCAGAUCCGGGAGGGUGUAGCCCACCAGUUCUUUGACAUCAAGGCUUGGUGUUGUGCUUCACCUCUGAACUGA